CGGACAGAAAAUUCUCAGGAAAGGAAGUCUAAUACUGUACACAGAGAAAUAAUCUUACCAUGAAACCAUUAUCAUUUCUCUUACUUAAUUUAUGCCUUUCCUUUUCUAUUUUGGGACACAAGCAAGAGGUGUAUCUGGUUGAAGAAUGUGUACGUAAUAACUAUACUGAGAAUUCUUGUAACAAAGUGUUUUGCCAGCCUUGGCAGAAGUGUGUAUAUGGAUCCUGUCUCUGUAAGAUACCUUACCAAUGCCCAAAAAAUGGCACUUCAGUUUGUGCUACUAACAAAAUAACAUUUCGAAAUUACUGUCAACUAAAAAGCUAUGAAUGCCAACACAAAACUGUUAGAUUUCUGAGCAGAGGAAAUUGCAACCCGCAAGAUAGCUUUGUCAUUAGCCUGGACCCUAGAACUGCAACAACUGAGGGACUUCUUCAAGUGGAAGUGAACCACUCAGGGAAGAUAUUUGUAUGUGGUAAUGAUCUGAGUAUAAAUGAAGCCAAUGUAGCUUGCAGACAUCUGGGUUUCCCAGAAGGAGCUGAUGGCAAAGAAUCUAUUGAACCAGAUGGUCAUUCUCAUUCACUGGAAUGCCUUAAAGCAACUUGCAGAGGAACAGAGACAAGUCUAGCUGAAUGUGCUUUAACCAGAUUGAAUCAGUUCAACGGGAAGCUGGCUAAGGUGAUAUGCCAUGGAAACCACAGAGAAUGCUCCUCCAGGGAGUUCCACUGUGUCAAUGAAAAAUGUAUUAAUUCAAAUAAAGUAUGCAAUGGAAUCAAUGACUGUGGAGACUUAAGUGAUGAACUUUGUUGCAAAGCAUGCAAAGAAGAAAGCUUCCGCUGUAACUCAGAUGUGUGUAUUCCAAACAAGUACCUGUGUAACAAUGAAAUGGAUUGCCUAACAGGAGAAGAUGAAAAUCCCCAAUUAUGUAAUAAAGCAGCUAAUGAACCUGGAAGAGAAGGAAUAGGACAUGCUGAAGAAUCUAUGGAUAAAGAAAGAAAAAAGAUCAAGACCCUUUUACCUCAGCUGCAUUGUGGCGUCGUCAUCCCCAUCAGAACUCGUAAAAAGAGGAUGCUAGGGGGAUACGCUGCAGCACAGAAUGAGUAUCCUUGGCAUGUGGCAAUUUUCAAUCAACUUGGAAGUUUGCUCUGUAGUGGAGUUUACAUUGGAGGCUGCUGGGUUUUGACUGCUGCGCAGUGUAUUAACCUGCACAAUAUACAGGAUUAUAAAAUAUGGACUAUGAUGCUUAAUUCAUUAAUGUUUAAUUUAGAUAUGGAAACAUUUAGAUUGAAUAGAGUGAUAAUCCAUGAAUAUUACAAUUCCCAAACAAAUGAAAAUGAUAUUGCCUUGGUGGAGAUGAAAACCAGGAGCCCAGGAUCUUCAUGCCCUACGUCCAACGUUGUGCCAAUAUGCAUCCCUUGGUCACAGUAUAUGUUCAAAAGUGGUCAACAGUGCAAAGUGUCUGGUUAUGACGGACUCAGAAACCCAUUUGUCCUUAAUUGGGGCUAUGCUGAUUUAAUGAGAAAUUGUUCUGAGAUUUACAAGGAGCGGUAUUUAACAGGAAUGGAAUGUGCAGGUACUCCCGAUGGCCUUGUUGAUGUCUGUACAGGAGUUCUAGGAGGACCUUUGGUUUGUUAUGACGCUAAUAAUGUGGGAUACCUUUGGGGUAUUGUGAGUUGGGGUGAAAAUUGUGACAGGAAAGGGCAUCCUGCAGUUUAUACAAAAGUGGCACAUUAUUUUGACUGGAUUGCCCGUCACACUGGCGUGUCUGUCAUUUCCCGAUAUAACGUAUGAUUUUUGCCAUACUUUCUUUCUCCUUGCUUUGAAGAAGCAUAUAGAUUAGUUAAAAUACUCGUUGCUCAAUUUGACAAAAGUUAAGCAUAUUAUGUCCAAUUUAUAUCAACAGGAAAGAUAAGAUACAGGUAAUCCUAAAAAUGCUUUCUCGGAAUUAAAUUGUCAUAAAUUCAGUGAGCUAUACUCCUAAAUGUAAUGCAGGAGACUUGAACUAAGUCAAAAGCUAUGGGAUUUAGUGUGUUUAUUUGAUUCUGGAUUAUUCCCCAGAAGAUCAGCUCUAACAAUUUGUGAAACUCUGCAACUUUCUGCUUUUGGUAUAUAAUCUUAAUGCGCAUCCUAAUAAAAGUGGUACAUUCAGCAGA